UCCAGCAACCAGCUCCCACAUCAAAUAUAGUUAUGCAGAUUGCUUGCUUUGGCAUUUUUCCAGAUUUGGAUAGGAAAGAAACACAUUUUCCUAAGGUUAAGAAAUGGGAGACUGGUCCAUUCUUGGCCGCUUCCUAACGGAGGUGCAGAACCACUCCACAGUGAUCGGCAAGAUCUGGCUGACCAUGCUGCUUAUCUUCCGCAUCCUGCUGGUGACCCUGGUAGGGGAUGCGGUGUACAGCGAUGAGCAGUCCAAGUUCACCUGCAACACCCUGCAGCCUGGUUGCAACAACGUCUGCUAUGACACCUUCGCCCCUGUCUCACACCUGCGUUUCUGGGUCUUCCAGAUCGUGCUCGUCUCCACACCGUCCAUCUUCUACAUUGUCUACGUGUUGCACAAGAUCGCCAAGGAUGAGAAGUUAGAGAUUGAGAAGAUCCAGGUGGUCGCCAAGCGCCCUCCUGCACGUGAAAGGUUCAAACAUGAAGGGGUGGAGGGUGGGGAAGCUGUGGAGGCCAGCAGCCCCUCCUUCAACCCCCGCUAUGAGGAGGAGUGGGGCGCCCGGGAGGGGGAGUGUGUGGAGCAAAGCCUGCUGGAGGAGGACUUGAGGGAGGUGGGGAAGGACCCCACCGAGCUGUCCAGCCAGGUACUACUGACCUACAUCAUCCACGUGGUGCUGCGCUCCAUCAUGGAGAUAGCCUUCCUAGUGGGCCAGUACUACCUGUUUGGCUUUGAAGUGCCUCACCUGUUCCGCUGUGAGACCUACCCCUGUCCCAACCGGACUGACUGCUUCGUGUCUCGUGCCACGGAGAAGACCAUCUUCCUCAACUUCAUGUUCAGCAUCAGCCUGGGCUGCUUCAUCCUGAACAUUGUGGAACUGCACUACCUGGGCUGGGUCUAUAUUUUCCGUGUGCUGUGCUCGGCCUGCUCCACAUGCUGCAAGCCAGAGAGGGACCCUGUGGAACGUGUGGACCUGUAUCACAACCACAACCCUCUGCUGCUGCAGCUCAAACACUCCCUACGAGGCAGGGUGGUCCUGCAGACCCCCCCUCCCAUGUCCCAGCAGAAGAGCAGUGGCAUGUUGCCCACCCACACCCCUGCCAUCUCCUUCGAGACAGACUCCACAGUAGAGUGCACCUCCAAGAGGAGCCCAGAUGAGAAAGAACGCACUAAGGCCAAACUGGCCAACAUGGCCAAAACAGGCAGAGGCAAGAAGUCCUGGCUGUGAACUGUCAACCUAUCCUUUCUGUUAAAUAUUAUUAUUUUGCUUCCUCCUCUGAUUGCAUUUAUUCAUCUGACAAUUGAUACCAUUUGUUUACAGUAAGACAGAGUGCAAAAGCAACAGUCAUUUGAGUCUUUUGCAGUUAAUCUUAAGAAAUUCCCAUAGCACACAAAGAAGGAGAACCCAUAAUAUGCAAAAGCAUACAGACUCUAUGUGCUCCCUAACCAAAUCUCGCUUAGGGUCACCAAAAGGCUAGGGCCGGCCCUGUACACAUAGAAAUGUGAGCACAUAGAGUCUGUAUGAUUUUGCAUACUAUGGGUUGUCCUCCUUCGUGUGCUAUGGGAAUUUCUUAACUACAGAAGACUCAAAGGACUGUUGGUUUUGCACUUUGUGUAAUCAACCCUCUUGACGGUGGAGAGAAAAAUUUAUGUUUUAAAGUUAAAGUUAAUUUCCUGCAAUUCUACACAUUUUGCCUUAGGGAGUAAAGAAAAUGUUACAGUUUUAAAGCAAGCUUUCUGCAAUUCUAAACAUUUUGUCAAGACUUGCCAUGUUAAUGACAUCUGAGUGAGAGUGUCAAUGGGGGCCCCAUGGAGGUCACAGCCCCUGGGCCGGUCGGUAUUUGGCCAUGAAGUUUAGAUAACUGGCUAGAAUAACUUACCAAUCAAAAAAUUGUUAGCUGACAUGGCUAGUUGAGUGACUGUCAGGGACUGAUAUAAAAAUAGAAACUCCAGGUCCACAGCCACAUUUCAAAAUUGCACCUUGUGUAUUCUACUAUUCUAUCAAAAAAUUAAUAAAUGCAACCACCUUGGUAACUAUUCAUAUAACAUCUGUAAUGUAACCAAUGAUAUGGUUUCAAAAGGAAACAACACUUGCCUGUAUUUCAACACAUACAGUGCAUUUGGAAUGUAUUCAGACCCCUUGACCUUUUCCACAUUUUGU